AUGCGUCCGGAGACGUUAACAGAACUCUGCGAGAAGUACGACAUAGAGCGUCCUCCAGAUACGCGUGGAAAAUCCUUUCCGGACUUUGACCCGUUUGCGCGCUGCUACAUUGCAGUCUGCGAGUGCCUGCGGAAAGAGGAGGACCUGCGGCGCCUGGUACGCGAAGUCGCCGAGGAUUCCGCCGAGUCGGGUGCCACGUGGAUAGAGCCCGCACUCUCGCUGGAGCUCUACGCUGACCGGCUAGGUGGUUUUGAGGCGACUUUGCGGAUGCUCUUCUCUGCGGCGGAAGAAGCAGAGGAGUUGACCGGGGUUGCCAUGGGCUUCAUCGUCGCAGCCGAGAGGCACAUGCCCAUCGCUAGAGCUGACAAGCUUGCUGCAACGGUCAAGAAGCUGGUGGAGGGUAGUGCCAAGAUCAAGGGCCGACAAGGAAUAGUUGGCUUCGGGCUGCACGGUCCAGAGGCUGGCCAUCCACCACAGCCGUGGAAGGAGGCCUUCAAAACCGCCUGCGUUGAGGGCGUGGUUCCCUUGCCGCAUGCUGGCGAGUAUCCUCCCUCAGAGGAGCCUGGAGCAGGAGCUGAAAGUGUUCGGUUCUGCGUGGACACGUUGGGCGCCCCCCGCAUAGCACACGGAGUUCUCGCAGCGGGAGACAACGGACUCAUUGCCCACCUAGCCGACCUGAAAGUGUGUCUCGAUAUCUGCCCGACCAGCAACCAGCUGCUCGGCACAGUCCCGGGACAAGGUCUGCAGUCGCCCCUCAAGCAGUUUCUUGAGGCGGGUGUGCCCUGCACCAUCAACUCCGAUGAUCCGUUGCUGUUCGGGUGCUGCUUGCUGGGAGAGUACGAGCGCUGUCGGCAGGAGCUGAGCAUGUCAGAUGAGGAGUUGGCCUCAUGUGCUGCUGCAUCCUUUGAGCACUCACGAGCGCCAGAUGCUCUGAAGCAGAAGGGCCUUGACGGUGUCAAGGCGUGGCUCCAAAGCAAUGGGCAAGAGCGUGCGUCGGGAAAGCGAACCCACGGCGAUGCUUUCGAGCCUCUCAAGACUCGAGACUGA